CUAGAUUUCUACAUGUUGACAUUUUGUCUAUUGUUCAAUCUGUAAGACGUCGAUAAAAGAUGAAUUCUGUUGCUUACAUCUAUCAUUCUAAGAAUUGAAAAAUGGAAAGUGAAUACAUGUAGAAAAGAUGGCUGAAGAAAAAGAAUGGAUAGAAUUGACCAAACCACUGUCCAAGAAACCAUCAUCAAUAGAAACUAAGAAUGGUCAGCUUAUUACUCUGCCUGGAACUGUAACCCAGGGUUACCAGACAGGAGAAACAGUGGACGUACAGCUGGAUCUAUCAGAUCACGAGUUGAAACGACUUGCGAACAAAGAGAAGAGUGAAAAAUGUGGUUGUGGCUUGAGACAAGGGGUCCAUAUAGUUCUAUUUUCUGUAAUAUUUGUACCAAUAUCAUGGAUUAUGUCCCUUUGCAUGGCGUUUUAUAUGGGGGCCAUUACGUUAUAUAACAUAUACCUAUAUUACAGUGAGGAAAGAACAAUAUGGCAUAAAUUAACCGUUUGUCCACUACUUAUACUAACAUUCCCGUUUACUGUUGGGUUAUCUGCCCUUGGCGUGGCUUUUUACGCAUGUGUACUUCAAGUUUCAUGGCGUUACAAAUCGUGGUUGAGAGAAGUUUUAGAUUUUGAGAAAGGAUUUUAUGGUUGGUUGUGCUUAAAGACUGAUCUACCCCACUGUGCUCCAUAUGAUGUUGUGAUAUUAGAUGAAUCAGUUUUAACUCUACAAGAUCCUGUUACUUAAACUCGACUAUCUCUAAAAUCGAUAAUAAAAUAUGCGACUCAGCACAUUUUUAUACGCUCUAACGUGGAAUAAGACUCGUUGAAAAAUCUGUAAAUGUAUAAUAUUUAUUGGAGUGGCUUGUAUAGAUUGGUCACUUUAACAGAAGGACUAUUUAUAUGGAAUACGAUCACUGGUUUAUAAUAAACGAUGUUUCGACAAGUGUUCUCUUAUAGAAAUGUUACACCAUAUGAUUGUGUUCCUUAUAAAUGAUCGUUUUGUUCUUCUUACAAACUGUUUGGCUGUUGUUGACAUUAUUGUUACCAUAUUUUUCGGAGUAUAAGUCGAUACUCUUUUUCGCAGAAGUUCGGCCUUCGUCUUAUGCCCCGCUUCGACUUCUGUACGGAUGAAGGUAAAAAAAAAAAUGUCAGUUACCAUCUCUCCACAAUGCCGCACACACUAUCGUCUAAAACAAAAAUACUUUAAAUUACACCUGAUUUUUUAUUUUUAGGCCUAUUUAAUAUUAUGGGCCAAUUUAUCUUGGCAUACACCGGCACAGUAUACAGUCAUGAAUUUCAAUAAUAGAUUGAUACCGUAGAGUUGAAAAACAUCCGUCUUAUAUACCGCUUCGACUUAUGGAUGGAGGUUGGAAAAACAGUAAAAUAUGCCGAUUCGACUUAUACUCCACAUCAAUUUAUAUCCCGUAAAAUAUGGUAAACAUAAUCUCCAACCUUUGAUAACGUAAGUACUUCCAAUCUGUAGCCAAACAAAUAUUCAUUUGUGCCAUUAAUACACCAAUUAUGCCAAAUUGGUACAUAGAGACUUAUAGCCACAUUGGUAUACAGACAACUCAUCCUAAGACAACUCAUCCCAAUAUAAGACAACCCAUCCCAACUUUAAAACAUGGGUCAAGAUAUAAGACAACUCAUCCGAACAAAUAUAAGUGCUAGUUAUAUUUGUUUUAAUGCAAUUGCUUUCUUUGAAGACCACUCAGAUCAUUCUGAUUUUGUUAUAAAAAUGUGUUAUCUUAAAAUUGAUAUUAUUGUUUUAAUAAAAUUGAUAUUGUUGUUUUAAAUUUUAAGUUGUUUUAAGUUUUGGGCCCUCUGUAUACUUAUCAUAGUGUAUACAUUUCAAUUCCUUCUUUGAACCAUACAUAUAUAUAACUGAAAAUGUUGGCCCGAGUCGUGCUGAUUGUUUCCAUAUCAUUGUCUGAUAGAAAUUUGUCAGAAUAUGACAUAUCCUUAUCUUUAUGUAUGAGUUUCAGUAUAGCUGAUAUCUUGGGAUGAGUUGUCUUCCAACUUGGGAUGAGUUGUCUUCUAACUUGGGAUGAGUUGUCUUGAGAUGACUUGUCUUUGGGAUGAGUUGUCAGGUAUUCAGAACAUUGAUUUAAGAUAAUUAUUUAAAUUAACAACUAUUAUUUUAAGAAAAUUGGACAUCAAAUUUAAUAAUGAAAUUACUUUGAGAUCUCAAAUAAAAUGAGUAGUCCCAGAUUUAAACAAAAUAUAUUUUUACCUGAUAAACGAGACUAUCAAACUACAACAUGCUUUUGGACAUGGUUAUCCAGAGACUAUGAUGUUGUCAAUCAAAAUGAAAUAGACCAUGUGUAUUUUUGUGUAUGAGCUUCAGAUAGUUGUAGUAGACCAGAGAAUCAUUUGAAGAGCCCCGGGGAAGAACGAUCUAAGUCACUUUUUCAACGAACCCCAGUUAAUGGUGCCAUCUGGUAGCAAAUUGUAUAAGCUUUCUGUGGAACAAUCAAUUUCAGGUAAAAACAAUUGGCGUCACAUCGAACCAAGGCCCCUCUGAAAUGGCCUCCCGGACAAAUAAGUUCAUCGUACCCUUUAUUUGACCUUAAUUUGGCUGAAAAGUGGAAGUCAAUUGUUGUACUGGUAAUUAUGAUUAGCACUAAACAUCAUUUUGAAGUUGUAACUAAACCCACUCAUUGUUCUGUUUGCAUCAAUCAUUCUCGUCCAAAAGUCUGUUUUGCCUUCUAUGCGAAAAGACGAAAAUGUGACUUAGAUCGUUCUUCCCCUGGACUCUUCAUUUGGAUAUAAUCCCUCUGUGAGCUUAUAAUAACUCUUGCGUUUAAAGUUUUUUGUUAGCAAUUUCCAAACUUAACCCAUUCCACAAAGUAAUUACUUUAGCAUUCAAACAUCCAGCUUUGACUUGAGCAUUCAAACACCUGGGAACUUGAUUUUAAGAUUGAAACACCCAACUUGAUUUUAACAUUCAAACACCAAACUUGGAUUUGAACAUUCAAACACCCAGCUUGGUUUUGAGCGUUCAAACAACCCACUUUGAUGUUUGCAUUUAAACAACCAGCUUUGAUGUUAGUAUUCUAACACCCAGAUUUGUUUUGAGCAUUCAACACCCAGCUUUGAAUAGAACAAUCAAACACCCAGCAUGGCAUUAAGCAUUCAAACACCCAGCUUUAAUUUUAUAGAAUUUAAACAAAUAGCUUUCUACAUUUAAAUGAGCAAUCUGAUUUUUAUCAGGGAUCAAAACCUGUGAUGGAAAUUUAUGUUCAUUAUACAGAGCCUUAGGCCUAAAUCAUUAAUGUUUAAUGAUUUUUAUUUUAUGCCAUAUAGUACAGAACUUAAUUUCUUAUAUUGAAAUUUGUCAUAAGCUUUUAGAAUGACUGAGCCAUAUACAAUAUCAAUCUGAUUAAGAUACAUUUCUAUGUUUCGUUUCGUUAUUUUAUACUUUCGAUGGGCUACACUACAUGAAGAUCUGACCAAUUGUACUGGGAGGUCGCAUCAGGGGUCAUACGAACAACUUCUGACCCUAUAACGUCAGACAUUGAUUAAUCAAUCAGCGUUGACGUUUCUAUUGGUUUACCCACAGUUCUAUGCAGAGCACGCCAAGAACUCGUCAUAACAGACUGUUUCAUUGGAUAAUCCCUCACAUCAACUAGAACGCCUGUUAUAUAACAACUCUCCCAGAUCCUAGUGUCGUGAAGACAAGUAAAACGAAAUUUUGAACUACAAAAAAACGAAACGAAAUAGGGUCUGUGUUUUAAUCAGAUUGUAUGUACAUGUAUUCUUUUUGUAUUAUAUAAUAUAGGCAUACUUUACUUACAAUGUAGUAUUACAGUGUAGUAUAUCACUGCUUACUAGUCAUAAUAACACUUUUAAUAUUAUAUUUUAAUGAGCUUUCUGUAUUUAAAUGGUUUCAUGCUGUUGUAUAAUUGUUAUGGUCUGAAGAGUUAUUUCCCCUUACUAACAAAUUUCUAACAAUUGUACUGGGUCCUGUUUCUUGAAAUCUUAACUACAGAUAAAAUCCAAAUUUUAGUACAUACUUCAGUUUUGAUUGGCAAAGCACUAAAAUCAAUCUAAUAUUAUCCAAUCAAAUUACUAAAAUUUGGAUUUUAUCUUAGUUAAAAUUUCGUGAAACAGGCCCCAGAAUAUAAAGUUAUUUAGACAAGCAAAUUAUUUUCUCUUAAUAAUUUAAAAAAUCCACAUGACAUCCUUGGCUUUUGCAUCUUACAGUGAAUUAAACUCAAUAAAUCAUUAUUGUCAAUGAUUUCCUACCAGGGGCCUGUUUCAUGAAAUUUUAACUAACAUAAAAUCCAAACUUUAGUAAUAUGAUUGGAUAAUAUUAGAUUGAUUUUAGUUAAGAUUUCGAGAAACAGGGCCCAGGAUACUAGUAAAUUCAGGGUAUUUCAUUAUUACCACAAAUAUAGUUUUUGAAAGGAUACUAGUAAAUUAAGGGUCAAUUAAAGGGAGAUAAGUCAGUAGUUUGUCAUUAUUUGAUUAUUACCACAAAUAUAGUUUUUGAAAUCUACACCUAUCUGGAUUUUUACCCAUGUUAUUAUACAAAGGGUGUGUUUUUUUUUAUAUUUUUUUUGUAUUAAUUUAGUUGAUUGUAUAUAUAUAUAUAUAUUGUGACACUUUAUCAAUGGCAAGGGAGGGGGGGGGGGGAUAUAUAGGCCUAGCCGGUUUCCCAAUUCUAUUCUUAUUGAAUGAAAUUUAGUUUUAAAAAAAAUCAUUGUCAACGGCUUGGCUUGGGACAGAUAAAACAUGAAUUUAAUGUCAUAUAAUAACCAAUCGGAUUAAAAUACAGAUCUGUGUAUAAAAAUUGGGUUAAUGCUACAAAUUUUGUGUUUUUUUGACUGGUUAGCUAGUUUUGACUGGUUAGCUAGUUUUGACUGGUUAGCUAGUUUUGACUGGUUAGCUAGUUUUGAAGUGAAAACUCAUACAUGUGUGUGGUGCUGAAAUAAUUUGGCAAUGACAUGAGUUCAGAUUGAAUGAGGCCCAACACACAUGUAUAAUAUAUGGUUAGUUAACAUAUUAAUGCUCAGUGUAUAUUGCACAUGUUGCCAAACUAAUUAUUGCUCAUAAAAUCAGUUUAUUAUUUGACAGAUGAGAUAUUUGGUAAAAUGUCAUUUCUACCUCACUAAUGUAAAGGUGCACAAUAUUUUUAUUUAUUUAGCUUUCUGGAUCAGGUAAUGUGAAGUCAGAUAUAUUUAUCAUUAGCAGUUCUUUUUGAAUGUUAAAGAUACAUUAUGGAAGACUAGAUACAGAGCUGGCAGUUAAACUAUAAUAGUUAAAAACUAGAUAAUGUAAAGGGAAUAUGCUCAAAAUUUCAGUCAAAUUGAUCCAUUGUGAACCGCGAUAUUAGUGUUUGAAAUUUAGGCCUAGCCUCGAUCAUCAUUAUUAUACGAUUAAAAACAUAGUCUCUAUUAUCCAUUUUUGGAUUAAAUCAUCAGUGAGCGUUGAGCAGGAAAUUGGAUUCAAAUCCAGUAAAUAUCCAACACAUAAGAUGAGUUGAUUAUGAUCUGGAUAAGUUAAUUAAUGUCUAAUUAAUAGUUUAUAUAACAUUUCAGACCUAAAGAAAGACCCGCAAUAGGCUGAUUUAGCUCUUGCAUAAUGCAUGUUUAAUAUAAGCUGACUAGCAGAAGUCAAACUUCAAUGAAAUUUGUUAUCUUAGGUAGAAUUUAGUAUUGGGUAUAGAAGCACAAUGGAAAGAAAUACUCCAAAACAUGACAUAAGGCCACUCAAAAUUGAUUUUUUGCUGUUCAGGAAUACCUAUCAAGAGUUUGCCUCCUGUUUCUUGGGGAAAAAUCUAACUUAGACACAAAGACUAUUUGGUUGUUCUUCUCAAAAGGUUUCAGUUCCUUAUAUUUUAGUUUGGAAAUUUGGAAUAAAAAUCGUUCACAUGAUCAAGUGGCUAAUUAUUUAUUAAGACACUAAACAACUAAAAAUUAAAUCUUUAUGGACAAAAUAAAUAAUGAAUGAUAAUUAGUUUAGUUCUGAAAAAUUAAUAUUUAUAAACUUUCACGGAGGGUUAAAAUUUGGAGAUUCAAAUUCAGUAACAAAUCAAAGCAACCUAUAUAAUGUUCUUUCACAACAUUUGGUGCUGGGCUUAGUUUUUAUUUUUUGAUUUCAAUUUUAAUUAGGUGGUAUGCAGGGUCUAGAUUUUUUUUAUAAAUAGAACGUUUCAUCAUACAUAGUUUAUAUUUAAAGUGAUAAUAUUUUUACAGUAGAUAUCUUAGAGCUUUUGGGGUGUGUUAUUUCUUUUAGUUCAAAGACCUUUAUUCAAAAAAAAAAAACAAUAUAACUUAACUAUUUUUAUAACCCAUGCUUUUCAUUUGUACUAUAGUUUUGACUCAACCAGUGAAAUGCCAGUAUCCUUAAAACAGUUUUGGUGAAUCAGGCUGCUUGAGAAAUAACUUAAAAGUGAGCAGACAAAAUAAGGUUUUGUUUUUAGUUAAAGAUACAUUAUGGAAGAUUAGAUAAAGAGCUGGCCGUUAAAAACUUGAUAAUGUAAAGGGAAUUUGCUGAAAAUUUCAGUCAACUUGCUCCAUUGUGAACCAAGAUUUUAGCGAUUGAAUUUUCGGCCUAGCCUCGAUCAUCAUUACUAAAGUCGAUAUGAUAAAAAACAUAGUCUUGAUUAUCCUAUUCAUGAUUAAAUCUUGAAUGGAAGUCGAAUAGCUAAUCGGAACCUAAUCCAAUAAACAUCGCAGACUAGCGAGAGUUGAUUAUGGUCUGGAUAAGUUAAUUAAUGUCUAAUUAAUAAUUUAGAUAACAUUUCAGGCCUAAAGAAAGACCUGCAAUAGGCAGAUUUAGCUCUUGCAUGAUGUAUGUUUAAUCAAAUAGUUAACAGUUCAGAAAUCUCUCAUUUUUGAAGUGUAUAGAAAUGCUUGUUUUAGUAAAAAUCAAAAGGGUAACAAUUGUUCAGAUAUAUAUCUCAUUUGAGGUAUACACAAAACUGGCGUGGUUUCGAAUCCCCAGUUGUACGUGACAAGGAGUAGGGUCGCCUGUCCAACAUCGUGGGUUUUCUCUGGGUCCUCCGGUUUCCUCCCACUGCUAAAGAUCCCUACGCGCAAGCGAAUUAUUGAAAUAAAAUUAAACCAUAUGUUAGUCCCGAAAUGACCUAGUUUGUGUCGAGUGGACGUUAAACCCCAUUUCUCUCUCUCUCUUGUUUUGCAAAGUUAUUAGAAAAGCAAGUUUUCAUGAUUAUCAUUGGCAUUAUUUUAUUUGAUAUUUGGAUGCAAUAAAUGUCUAAAUAUUGUAUUAUGCUUCAAUAAUUUUAAAAUAUUAGUGAUUUAAAUUAUUACAUAGAUUAUAUGUGAAUUGUGGGUUUUAUCCACAGGACUUGUCACUUUUUUUGUAUAUGUCAAAUAUAUUUAUAAAAUGUUGUGAUUUUUUUCUGUCCAUCCACUCUAAAUAUUAUUUUAAUUUUUAUCUUGUGUUUUGUAUCAAAUUAUAUACUGUUUAUGAACAGAUAUCUUACUACCAUUUUAUGCGCUGAGAAGUCACUUUAAGGCUAGAUCUAUUUCUUAAGGCCAGCUCAAUUUUUGUCAAGGUUGCUGUGAAAUGUAAAUACGGUUAAGGCAUGUGAUUGUUGGCGAGAUUGUAGGUUAGGGUAAGCAUUGGGACUAGGUCAAGGGUUAGGGUUGGGGUUGGGAUUAAUGCUAGCCCUGUUUACAUCUCGUGACCUAUGCCGAAAAAAUUGAGCUGGCCUCAUCAUUUAGCACUAAUGGUCACUAUGAGGCAUUUCGUUGUAACAUGGUGUCACUUUUCUGUGAUAUCACCCUUGGUGGGAGUGGCCGUAAAAAACUCCAGGAACGAACAAACGAACCAUAACUUCAGUGUGUUCCAGGGCAGUGUUAUAGUGAAACUCUUGAUUACAAGAUAAAAACAUGUCUUCAAUGGACCUAAGUAUAGACCGUGUAGAGAAACCCUAAUUGCAGUGUUUCCGAGCUUAGUAGUUGGGGGUCCAUGAAGUCAACGUGGUCCGAGAAAAAAGAUAGCCAUGUAAAAAUUCAAUAUGAAUUGUUGAUAUUCGGACAAUGGAUUUCAGUAACUGAUGUUCGGGUCACUUGAAUAGGCAUGGCAAUCAUCUGUUAUGGGUUGAUGUACCACGUCGAAAGUCCACGGUUUUGAUAAGAAUGACUAUUAAGAUGACAUGUUUUUGAUUUGUAUUGGAAAUCUGACUGUACAGAGUAAAUGCCGAUGCUGUAGUCUCAGAGAUUUUUUAAAAUUCCCAAAGGGAUCCGCAAGUAGAACGAGUUUUGGAACCACUGUCUUAAUGUAUAAUACUUCAGAGCCAAUAGAACCAAAAUAAGCGUUAAAGUGAAGCCUUAAUAUUAUAAUCAAAUUGUAAUUAAUAUGUUUAGUGUUGUUGCAUUACCAUUCUUAAAGUUGCAAUUUCAUAUUUUUACGUUAUAUUUUUAAAAUUUAUUAAAAUAAAGCCUUAAAAUAGAUGGUAUCUAUAAACAGUCCUACCUUGUUAAAGAAUAAUCCUAUUAACCCUAUAAUUCACUAUUGCCGGUUGAGAAAUUGGCGAAAAUAUCAUAGAAUAGAAAACAAGGGAGGUAAUUGUGUUAUUUCCGGUGUAAAUGAGUUUUAAGUGUGAGAAUGACACCUAUGAUCGUAUAAUAGUGAGUUGACAACAUAUUGAGCAAAAGACAUAGAAAUAAUUAUAUUUUGACUUUCUUAGAAAAUAUGAAAUUGUAACUUUAAAAUACGGUGAGAAUAAUAUUGUACUGAAAUAGUUUGAAAAACUUUGUGUAUGUGGUAAAUCUUUUGCUUGGUCUAGCUUACUUGUUUGAUUGCUAAAAAUAUAAUAGACACUUUUAUAUGGAUUACUUAUAACUUCAGUAUUUAUUGUUUCAACGUUCCUGAUGACGUAGUGGGUGAGACACUGGCUCGCUAGCUUCGAGGUCGUGUGUUCAAUCUCUGCAUUGGCCGAGAAAGUUCAUCGGGAUUUUCCGACAUGGUUUCUCCUGGUCAUUGGUGCAGGAUGGAGGGUCUGACAAGGACAGCUGUCUAGUCGUUCAGAUGGGACGAAAACCCAGAUCCUAUGUAUACAUUGGCAUGCACAGAAAAUAUCCAUUGGCAGUUGGAAUUCGAUAUAAGAGUAGGCCAUAGUGCCGCUGUCCAGGCAAAAUUUCAGUCAUAGUACACUGUAUGGCGUAUGCCUGUCUUCAACAGCCCAGUUGGUGCAGAAAAGUAGGAUGUCAAACAUGAUAAUGAUUCAAUAACUAUGGAUAAAUCUUGAAAGGAAAAAUACAGAAGUUUAAUAAUCCAUGUUAUGGUGUCAUGUGUUUUAUUCCUCUCCUCAGUUCCCGCUAAAUGAUUAUCAUCUCCAUGUACAGAAACAUGGGAUUCUGAGAACCUGGGCCCUUAUUCACGAAAUUUUAACUUAAGAUAAAAUCCAAAUUUUAGUAGAUACCUCAAUUUUGAUUGGCUAAGCACAAAAAUCAAUCUAAUAUUAUCCAAUCAAAUUACUAAAAUUUGAAUUUUAUCUCAGUUAAGUUUUCGUGAAUAAGGGCCCGGUUGUAUACUUUUAACCCACAUUUUAAAUGGAUUUCGAUGUAAAUGACAAAUAUAUUAUGGUUGUGUCUCUCUAUUGCCUUGUUAUCUGACUAUAUUCUAUUAGACGUCCCACUUUCUGUAUUUUAAUAUGUAACGGCAUUAAAUGCUUCUCCUUUUUCUAA